AGAGAGAGAGAGAGAGAGAAUAUUUAGGAAGAACAUUUCAAACCUUUCUUCUCUCUCUCUAAGAUCUCUUUUCUUCUUGUUUUGUUCAUCAGAAUUAGAGUUGAUUGGCCAUUACAUCUGUAUAUAACCGUUUUUAUAAAUGGAAAGCUUUAGAAAAGCCUAUGGGGCUCUUAAAGAUUCCACCACUGUUGGCCUUGCCAAGGUCAAUAGCGAAUUCAAGGAUUUGGAUAUUUCCAUUGUUAAGGCCACCAACCAUGUCGAAUGCCCCCCGAAGGAACGCCAUAUUAGAAAAAUCUUUUCCGCUACAUCUGUGGCACGACCAAGAGCUGAUGUUGCCUAUUGUAUCCACGCGCUUUCAAGAAGAUUGGCAAAAACGCGCAAUUGGAUUGUUGCAAUAAAGGCUUUGAUAGUCAUUCAUAGGGCAUUACGAGAGGGAGAUCCUACCUUUAGAGAGGAAUUGCUACACUACUCUCACAGAGGACAUUUAUUUCAAAUAUCAAAUUUUAAGGAUGAUUCAAGCCCUAUAGCGUGGGAUUGCUCUGCUUGGGUCCGAACAUAUGCACUCUUUCUGGAGGAAAGACUCGA